AAAUUGAACGAUCUAGCCAUAUUCCACGCCAACUCCAACAACUUCACCGGUACAGUACCGUUUGGAGUAUCCAAAAUUAAAUAUUUGUAUGAGCUUGACCUUAGCAACAACAAAAUUAGUAGUGAUUUCCCGAUGGAAGUUCUUGGGGCCUCGAAUUUAACCUUCCUGGACUUAAGGUUCAACUCGCUUAAGGGGGAAGUUCCACAAGAAGUGUUCAAAUUAGAUCUCGAUGUGCUCUUCAUCAACAACAACAACUUGGAACAGAAGCUUCCUGAUAAUCUUGGCGACACGCCAGUCCUAUACCUCACUUUUGCCAACAACAAGUUUGCUGGUCCUAUUCCGCCAAGCAUUGGCAGAGCUCGUAACCUGCUCGAAGUGCUUUUCCUCAACAACCAACUGACAGGGUGCUUGCCUUAUGAGAUUGGGUAUCUGAGUAAAGCCACUGUGUUUGAUGUAGGCUCCAACAAGUUAACAGGCCCUAUACCAAACUCGUUUGGGUGCCUAAGAAAGAUUGAGCUGCUCAAUUUGGCCAACAACGAGUUCUACGGAGCAGUACCGGAAAUAGUCUGCCAGCUCCCGAAGAUCGAAAACUUGUCUUUGGCAAACAACUAUUUCACCCAGGUUGGUCCUGCUUGUAGGAAAUUGAUAUGGAAAAAGAAACUUGAUGUAAGGAACAACUGCAUUUUGGACCUGCCGAAUCAAAAAUCAGAAGAUGAGUGUGCUAAGUUUUUCUCAAAACCGCCGCUGGGUUGCGAGAGGAAGGAAUCUUUUAAGUGGGUUCCUUGCAUGAAAGGUGGUUAUCAUUAUUCCAAUUCAACAGAGAAGUCUCACCAAGAAUCAACUGCUUCCCUCCCAUCCGCUAAAACUUAUAGCACUCUUAUUCCUCAUCGGUUGUGAUUUCCUUGCUGUUGAUGGACCUCAUCAAGAAAAAUCAUAUUGGGGUCUUUGGCUAUUUCUUUCUGUUGAUACUUAUCUCAUAUUUUAUGUAGAACUUCAGUGUUUUGUUGAAUUUAUUAGUGAAUAAAUGAACUUCCUUUUUCCUUCUAGUUAA